AAUGUAACUCCUCCCGCUAUUGGUCAAUCCGGUUGCCUCACAGACGCACUUACCUCCAACUCAAAGUGCCGGUGGAAUCUCAACGGUGUGAUGGAAAUCGUCGCUACCGUUCCGUACGAAGGCCAAAAACCGGGAACAUCAGGUUUACGUAAAAAGGUGUCGGUUUUCCAGCAGGUUGGCUACACAGAGAAUUUCAUUCAGAGCCUACUGAACGCAAUUCCCGCGCAACAGCGGAAUGGCUGCACGUUAGUGGUCGGAGGCGAUGGGAGGUAUUUUAUGGCGAAAGCACUCAAUGUUGUCGUACAAAUCGCGUCGGCUAACGACGUGGCGAGAUUGGUGGUAGGACAGAACGGCAUUCUGUCGACUCCGGCUGUUUCUUGUGUCAUUCGGAAGCGGAAAGCUCUUGGUGGCAUCAUCAUGACUGCUAGUCAUAAUCCAGGAGGUUUACACGGAGAUUUUGGGAUUAAAUUUAAUGUUAGCAAUGGUGGUCCAGCACCAGAGAGUGUAACAAAUGCCAUUUAUGAACAGACAACAAGUUUGUCACACUAUCAGUUACAUAGGAAUGUACAAGUUGAGUUUAAUCAGUUGGGUGAGCAUGUAUUUCUGGAUGGAAAGUUUGUUGUUGAAGUCGUCAGUUCAACAGAUGAUUAUGUUGAUCUUAUGAAAGAGGUGUUUGAUUUUCCGGCACUGAAAUCAUUUCUCACUGGAGCGAAACGAAAAAAUCCGUUUCCAAUUAUUGUUGAUUGUAUGAGUGGAGUGGUUGGUCCUUACGCUAAGAGAAUAUUUUGUGAUGAACUAUGUUCCAGUGAAGCGCGCAUACGUAAUGGUGAGCCUCUCUUAGACUUUGGAGGACACCAUCCAGACCCUAACUUGACUUACGCAGCUGAUCUAGUAGCAAUACUGAAGACAGGAGAUUAUGACUUGGGAGCAGCAUUUGAUGGAGAUGGAGAUCGUAACAUGAUUCUAGGGAAGAAUGGAUUCUUUGUAACGCCGUCUGAUUCAGUUGCUAUCAUAGCUGCCAACAGUCAAGCCAUUCCAUACUUUCGCACUCAUGGGUUGAAAGGCUUAGCAAGAAGCAUGCCUACAGGAGCUGCUAUUGAUUGUGUAGCAAAGGCAGAGGGACUUCCUUUCUAUGAAGUUCCAACAGGAUGGAAAUACUUUGGUAACUUAAUGGAUGCUGGCAGACUGUCUUUAUGUGGAGAAGAGAGCUUUGGCACAGGAUCUGAUCAUGUUAGAGAGAAAGAUGGUCUAUGGGCUGUACUAGCUUGGUUGUCAUUAUUGGCAGCAACUGGCCAGUCAGUGGAGGAGGUAGUUUGUGCUCACUGGAAGAAAUAUGGACGAAACUUCUACACAAGGUAUGAUUAUGAGGAGGUUGAUGCGGCUGCUGCAAACCGGAUGAUGAACGAACUACGAUCGAAGUGUCAGUCAUUAGUAGGAAUGAAAUAUUCAAAUGACAAAGAGUAUGAAGUGAAAGAAUGUGACGACUUUGCAUAUGAAGACCCAGUGGAUCAUAGCACUACAGAGAAACAGGGUAUUCGUAUUAUCUUCACUGAUGGCUCUCGCAUCAUCUUUCGUCUAAGUGGAACGGGCGUUAGUGGAGCAACAAUACGAUUAUACAUAGAUUCAUACGAAAAAGAUUCCGGAAAGCACACAAUGGAAACGCAGGAAGCAUUGGCUCCUCUUGUUUCUAUUGCUCUUGCUGUGUCAAAGCUCAAGCAUCACACAGGGAGAGACAGGCCAACUGUCAUCACAUAAUAGACACAAUCGACUUGAACCGAGAUAUGUGAUCAAUUAGCUUGACAAUAUUGUUCCGGAAAUUGGACAGACGACUGAGAUUAGACUGUUGUAUUGUUGAAUAUAGUGAAACUUACUAUAUGGUGCUAGUGUACAGUAGCAUGCAGCAGUGGUUGAUUGGCUGCCAGACGUACUCUGCCAGGUUACCCUGUAUUACAAUGCAGUAAUGAAAAUAGAAAUAUGUGAUUGAGAUGCAUAGAA